ACGUCAUUACCGUGCGUCCAGAGUUGAAGCACGUAAAUAUUUCCGCCGUGUCGCAAUGGAUUCAAACAAGGACGAAGCCGAGCGUUGUAUCAAAAUAGCACUGAAUGCUGUUGGCAACAACCAACCAGACAAAGCCAGGAAGUUCCUUGAAAAGGCCCAGCGUUUGUUUCCGACGAACCAAGCCCAAAAUUUACUGGACACGCUAGCGCAGAAUGGGAAGCCUCCGGACCAGAAUGGCGGACCUAUUCACGGAGAUAAACCCUCCGUGAGGCACCGUCAUCACAGAGAGGACGCAGAGACGUCCACACAGGGUCCCGCAGAUUCGACAAAACCGUACACCGCCGAGCAAAUGGAUGCGGUCAAGAAGAUUAAGGGCUGUAAAGAUUACUACCAAAUCCUUGGGGUAGAAAAGACUGCUUCUGAUGAAGACCUCAAAAAAGCGUACCGGAAGCUUGCACUGAAGUUUCACCCAGAUAAAAACCACGCACCCGGAGCCACUGAUGCAUUUAAAGCCAUCGGUAAUGCGUAUGCCGUGUUGAGCAAUGUUGAGAAGCGGCGGCAGUACGACCAGUAUGGGGAGGAGAGGUCGCACCCGAACAGACAACGGCAACACCGUGACUUUGAAGCCGAUAUUUCACCUGAGGACCUCUUCAACAUGUUCUUUGGUGGCGGAUUCCCAUCUAGUAAUGUACAUGUUUACAGAAAUGGAAGAAUGCACUUUGCGCACCAUAACAGGCAAGAUAGAAGAGAGCAACAGAGAGAUGGUGGUCUUGCACUGUUUGUCCAGCUAAUGCCCAUCCUAAUCCUCAUUCUCGUGUCGGCACUCAGUCAACUGAUGGUUACGCACCCCCCCUACAGCCUUAGCUACCGCCCGUCAGCCGGGUACAUUCACAAAAGGCAUACAUCUCACUUGAACGUGCCUUUCUACGUGGGCGAACGCUUUAACGAGGACUUCACAGGAGCCAAUCUGAAGAAUGUGGAGAGAACGGUGGAGGAAGACUUCAUCUCCAACUUAAGGAACAACUGCUGGAAGGAGAGGCAACAGAAGGAAGGCUUAAUGUACCGCGCUCGCUAUUUUGGGGACUCUGAGUUGUAUCAAAGGGCACAGAGGAUGGUGACCCCAAGCUGCAACCGGUUAUCUGAGAUUCAGGUCAUACUGGACGGUUAGAAGUUGUUCAAACAAAUACAGGUUUUUCUGGUACUUGAAUCAUUUUGGAGGACUGUGUCCGGAGCCUCAACCCCCAAAUUGGAGUUAUAUGUGCAGCCAACCCAAGAGAAUCAAACAGGCCUUAUGCACUGUGGGCAGCAGACCUCAAGCGGGAACCAUUUCGUAGCUUCUGGUAGACUGCCUUCCCAUACAACAAGCAACAAGCUUCAACUGACACCGUUUUCUUCCUCUCCUACGCCGAAGGACAACAGGUCAUCUAUUUUGAUCGGUGAACCAAGCUGCUAAGAUUUAGAUUUUCUUCCUUCUGAUUUUUUUUCCCUUCAUUUUGAGAGCCCUCAACCUGGCCUUCUCUAGACACAUGUCUGAGCCACUCUCGUUUUUUUUUUGUUUUUUUUUUAAUAGUUGUUUCUAGUGUAAAUAUUGAGUAACUUUUUAACAGUGCAAAAUUUAUCAAAGUUAAUAUCAUUUAUUAAAAAUGUUAAUAAGUGACUGCUCGUAGCCAGCCAGAUCAAGAUCAGUGAGAUUGUUGCACAGGUAAACCUUAUUUAUUAAAUUAACAAGCUGAAAGUUGUAUAUUGAUUUUCUUUCAAUAAAUUUUGUCUGGAAUCGU